AGACCGCGUGUGAUGGGUCUGAUCCUGAGCGUGGCCUCCUGCCUCAUCAUCUCCACCAACCUGCUGGUGGCCGUGGCUCUCCUCAGGCUCCUCCACAAGAAGAGCAGCCAGAGCUGGUGCUUCGUCCUCAACCUGGCACUGGCCGACACACUGGUGGGCGUGGCCAUCACCGGCCUGGCCACCGAGGACCUCAGAAGCAACAUCACAUCAAUAUCAUCAUCAUCAUCAUCAUCAUUAUUCCACCACCCUGCUACAAACGUCACGCGUUCUUCUUCUCCAGGAAAGACCCGUUGUCUUAUGAGGAUGGCGUUUGUGAUGUCUCCGUGCACCGCGUCCAUCUUGUCUAUGUUUCUAAUCUCUCUGGACCGUUACGCCGCCAUCAAGGUGCCGCUGAGAUACUCCAGGUUAUCUGGAAAGGGGACGGCAGCGGGGUCGCUGGUGGCUUUGUGGGCAUGCUCGGUCCUCAUGGGAUUCUUGCCAGUCAUGGUACGCCAGCUCCAGACAGGCGGCUACAGCGGUCUGUGCGCCUUCUUCUCCGUCAUAGACCCGGCGGGCAUCAUCAUCGUACUCAGCGUCUGCUUCUUCCCCGUCCUCUCUGUUUUCAUCUACAUCUACAUGGACAUCUUGAAGAUCGCCUGCAGCCACCAGAGGCAGAUCUUCCAAAUCAGCCAAGCGGGUUCUCGGACCAACAACAGAUGCCGACAUCCCCACCGGAAUCAACCCUUGCAGGUGAGGAGCCGCUACUGGAGUCACGUAAAGGCCCUGAGGACGGUGGCCAUGCUGGUGGGCUGCUUCCUCACCCUGUGGUGCCCGUUUUUUGUGGUGAGCAUCGUGCAGUUGUUUUGUGAGAGCUGCGGACUUAUCGUGGUGCUGGAGAACCACCUGUGGCUACUCGGGAUGACCAACUCUCUCAUCAACCCGUUAGUUUAUGCCUGUUGGCAGAGGGAAGUGAGGAUGCAGAUAGCGGCCAUGUUGGUAUGCUUCAGGGGCAGGUGGUCGACCCCUGGAGCUAUUGUGGAGGGAUGGGAUCUUCAGUCACCUGUAUAG